CAGGAUAUCAAACUAAGAUAUCCACGGAUACAGACUCUCAGUCUCAAGGUAGCCGUGAGCUUAAAAUGCCAGGAUUCUCUUGUAAUCCAAGUAUGCAAAAACAUGAGUUGUUUUUCUUGCUAUUGCUCAUCAGUACACUACUAUAUCUAAAGGGGAGAAGUGAUUGUUAGAUUAUUCAAAGGUACUUUUUCCUACAGGACUUGUUACCGUUUACGCUCGUAAUAUAGAUCGAUGAUAGUAAAACUUAUAGUGCCGAUCGAUCAGUAGUCGCUUGAUAGUCGCCAUUUUCUUCAGCGGCUAUAAAAAAAGAUUUUGAAUAAAUAAUAAAUAAAUAAAUUUAUAAAUAUACAAAAAAUUAAAAUAUCUCAAACACUAAAAUUAUAAAAAUUACUUUGAUCACUUUAACUGAAACUGAAUAAAACCUACUAAAAACGAGUAAUGAAAUUGCAUUUUGUUACAUACAUUGUAAGGGCUUUCUGGAAUGAAAUGUCUUGAGUGCCUUCUUAAAAAUGACAAUUGAGGGGCUUCUCCAUACCGCGAAAAAAAAAACAAAUGCCAAAGUUUGGGAGCAGCAACAGCAAAAGAGCGAUCUCCUAAUGUGGUUUAAGUCCUGUCUCCAUUAUCCAGUUUAAAAUAUCUUAGUGACAAAUAUUUUCAACAAUAUGUGCGAACAGGUUUUGUAAUUUUCCAAAUUGUAUCUUUCAUCGAAUUGCUAUAAACGUUAACAUUCUAUUGACAUUCAAGUAUGCAGCUAAUAUUGUGAAUCUGUGAUAACGUCCUAACCAAGUUGCCUUGUUGGGGGUCUUUGUGAAUGAGGUUUUUAAACCUCUUUGGCUAUGGGUGAGGCGCCUGAGUAGACAUUCAAUAAUGAUGAGUACCUUGACGAGAGCCGUCUUUUAAAUUCAGGUACUUCAAGUGAGGAGAGCGGAAUCUUUUUUUAAAGAAGCAUAUGUCUUCCAAGAUAGCUAGCCAUGAAGGUGCAUCUUCCCUGAGGAAGGAACCUGUCACGUAACAGUAAAAAUUAUAUUAAAACGUAAAUUUGUGCAAGUAGGUAAAUAAAUAAGUGUUAAGUUAUUGUGCAUACUGAAUGUUUUGCUAUAGUUUUAAAAACGUGUAACUUUCCUCUUAUUGAUUUUCAGACUCUGUUGUUAUUACUGCCUUGAUCGAAGUUCUAGUUUCUUGGAAUGCCCAAGAUUUAACUGAUGCACAACAAAGAAUAUUAAAAGAGGAAAUCGAACAGUCGGUUCAUAAGUAUCGAAGACACCAAGAUCUUUCGUCAUUGCCAGUUGAUAGUAGUGUAGCCCGCCUUACUGAGUUUCUCAAAAAGGCUUAUGAAGUGGCCGUAAUGAUGGUAAAAUCAGGGUCUUUGAUAAUAACUGUACAGUGCCUCACUCUGGAGAGUCUUGAAAGUCUGUGGAAUGGUUACUGUUCUGGUUACCUUAAUGACAUCGUUGAAAGGUUCCUGGUGACUGAUGAAAUCAAGAGAAAGCUCGGGAUGGACGAUGUCAGGUUAAAGACAACUAUAGAAGAAGAAAACUACUUGAUUUGUAAGAAAGCUUUCUUAGAAAACUCAGGUGAGUGGGGCAGUCUCAGUAGACUAGCUUCUUUUUUGGGAACAUGUAUUUUGGCUUAAUAAGUUUUAUGCUUCGAGGGCCGUGUAGUUUUGCCUGUCAUCAAGCUGAACUUGGCCUUCUAGUAUGUUAUCAUUUUUGUUCAUUAUGACCGUUGUGGUGCCCUUGUCUGCCUUUUUGAUUACUAUUUCUGUGUUAGAUCUGGGUUCUUUAAGUGCUAUACGUUCUCUGAAAAUCAGUAAGAAAGAAAGAGAAAUACGCGAAUUCGAAAUAGAUUUGAAGAAUUUCUUUUGUUUGCGCUCUAAUUUAAGAGAUGAUGACAUAAUUUCUACCUAAAGAUCAGGUCUGAAAACGGGUAUGGAUUUGGUCUGGUCUGGUCUGGUCUGAAAACGGGUUUUCUAAGUGUCGAAACAGCGUCGACUCUACUCUAUGCUCAAGAAACCACAACCGCUCAUCUGCGAAGCCAUUUUUGCUUUCCUGAUUGCUUGGUUAUUCUAAAUGAAGAUAGAAUACUUUCAAACGAUUACAAAAAGGGAUAUUUGGGACUCUCGAAAAAUAAAAAUACUUAACCAUUUCGUUUUUUACUAAAAUGACCGUCUGGCCGGCCGCUUCCGACUUCGUCGCCCUUCGACAUGGAUUAGCUUUCUAUGGAUAGUUAAAAAGGGUGUUCUAGAUACAAAAAGAAAAUGAACUCUCACUGGAGAGAAUAAAAAGGAAGCUCACACUGAUCGGGAAUGACUUCAGCAGAUUUUCAGAUUAUAUGACAUGGAUCUUGAGUUGAGCUGAGCUGCUCGAGCAACUACGACGGUGCGGCAACGAGAACGUCUUUCAUCAAUCUGCGCUGCUAGGGAAUUAUGGCAUAUGUUCUUAUAAAUUAUUUGUUUUUUUUGUUGUUGUUGCGCGGAAGUACCUCAAGUAAGCAAAGCAUCUCGAGCCCGAGGCGGGGUAAUUUAGGAAAUUUGGGGUGGGAAUGUGUCGCUGGGACCCUAAAACCCUUAGCCUAUACUAGAGCCGGCUAGUUCAGCUGAAUUUUGCUAUCCUACACUAGACUAAACUCCCCAAAUCCCCCCUAUCCUAGACUAGCCUUUAGGCUGAGUUGCCUAAAUUUAAACUUAUUAAUUUGAUUUUUUAUGUAUUUUUGAGUGGCAAUUCCCGGUUUCCCUAGCCUAGAUUAAAAUCUUCAACCAACUGAUGAGUUUCCUGGAGAAUGAUAUCCUGUUCUAGACCCAAACUCUCUGAUUUAUAUACCCUCUAUGCCAAAGUAAACUGCUUAAACCAUACCAUUCAAAAAGCAUCUCAAGCAAGCAAAGCACCUCAAGUAAACAAAAGCAUCCCGAGUAAAAAUCAAGUAAGCAAAGCACCUCAAGCAAGCAAAGCAUCUCAAGUAAGCAAAGCACCUCAGGCAAGCAAAGCACCUCAAGAAUGCACAGAAUCUCAAGCAAGCAAAGCACCCUAAUUAGCAAAGCACCUCAAGUAAGCAAAGCACUUCAAGUAAGCAGAGCACCUCAAGUAAGCAAAGCGUCUCAAGUAAGCAAAGCACCUCAAGCAAGCAAAGUAUCGCAAGUAUAUGCAAAGCACCCCAAGUAAGUAAAGCAUCCCAAGUAAGCAAAGCAUUGCAAGUAAGCAAAGCACCUCAAGCAAGCAAAGCACCUCAAGUAAGCAAAGAAUCUCAAGCAAGCAAAGCACCCCAAUUAGCAAAGCACCUCAAGUAAGGAAAGCACUUCAAGUAAGCAAAGCACCUCAAGCAAGCAAAGUAUCGCAAGUAAGUAAAGCACCUCAAGCAAGCAAAGCACUUCAAGCAAGCAAAGCACCCCAAGUAAGCAAAGCGUCUCAAGCAAGCAAAGCACUUCAAGCAAGCGAAGUAUCGCAACUAUAAGCAAAGCACCCCAAGUAAGUAAAGCAUCCCAAGUAAGCAAAGCAUUGAAAGUAAGCAGAGCACCUUAAGUGAGCAAAGAAUCUCAAGCAAGCAAAGCACCUCAAGUAAGCAAAGCACCUUAUGCAAGCAAAGCAUCCCAAGUAAGCAAAGCAUCUCAAGUAAGCAAAGCACUUCAAGUAAGCAAAGCAUCUCAAGCAAGCAAAGCACCUCAAGUAAGCAAAGCACCUCAAGUAAGCAAAGUAUCGCAAGUAUAAGCAAAGCAGCACAAGUAAGUAAAGCAUCCCAAGUAAGCAAAGCACAGGGACACCCAACGACAAUUUUCGGAAAAUAUCUGUUCGGAAGACGAUUUGACAUCUAGAAUUUUCGGAACAUUUGUUAUAAAAUUUCUUGCCUACCUGCCUCUCCUAGGAUUUUCGAACAUCUAAAAACUACUAUAAUUGCCCAUUUUUAACGGAUUUUUACCGUUAAAAUGUCACCUAGAAUUUUCGGGAGCCGUUUUUCUGGCUGAAAUUUUCGAAAAGGUAAGUUUUGAUCCCUAUAAUUUUCGGAUCACUUGACUUUCAGCUAGGAAAUCCGAACAGAUGAAAAAUUUUUAGGGGAUACAAAUAUGCCUAUAUCUACCGUUUAAAUACUAAAAUAAGUUUAACAAUGCUAUAUAUAAGUGCUUUGGAACUAUAUUCUCGUUGGGUGCCCCUGAAAGCAUUGAAAGUAAGCAGAGCACCUUAAGUAAGCAAAGUAUCUCAAGCAAGCAAAGCACCUCAAGUAAGCAAAGCACCUGAUGCAAGCAAAGCAUCCCAAGUAAGCAAAGCAUUGCAAGUAAGCAAAGCAUCCCAAGUAAGCAAAGUAUCGCAAGCAAGCAAAGCACCUCAAGUAAGCAAAGUAUCGCAAGCAAGCAAAGCACCUCAAGUAAGCAAAGUAUCGCAAGCAAGCAAAGCACCUCAAGUAAGCAAGGUAUCGCAAGCAAGCAAAGCACCUCAAGUAAGCAAAGUAUCGCAAGCAAGCAAAGCACCUCAAGUAAGCAAAGUAUCGCAAGCAAGCAAAGCACCUCAAGUAAGCAAAGUAUCGCAAGCAAGCAAAGCACCUCAAGUAAGCAAAGCACCUCAAGUAAGCAAAGUAUCGCAAGCAAGCAAAGCACCUCAAGAAAGCAAAGCAUACUUAGCAAGUAAAGCACCUCAAGUAAGCAAAGCACUUCAAGCAAUUAAAGCAUCUUUCGGUAAGCAAAGCAUCUCAAGUAAUCAAAGCACCUCAAGUAAGCAAAGUACCUCAAGCAAGCAAAGCAUCUCAAGCUAGCAAAGCAUCUCAAGCUAGCAAAGCAUCUCAAGCUAGCAAAGCAUCUCAAGUAAGCAAAGCAUGUCAAGCAGGCAAAGCACCUCAAGUAAGCAAAGCACCUCAAGUAAGCAAAUUAAAGCACCUCAAGUAAGCGAAGCAUCUCAAGCUAGCAAAGCAUCUCAAGUAAGCAAAGCACCUCAAGCAAGCAAAGCACCUCCAGUAAGCAAGCACCUCAAGUAAGCAAAGCACCUCAAGUAAGCAAAGUAUCGCAAGCAAGCAAAGCACCCCAAAUAAGCAGAGCAUCUCAAGUAAGCAAAGCAUCACAAGCAAGGAUGCAGGCAAUUAGUAUGAACAACUAUAUGAUGGCUUGACAUGAAGUACUUACCAUUUAAUUCUUGCCGAUUGGCGAAUUUUGUGGUCAACAUUUCAGGAGAUAAUGCCCAUACCAGUCAUACUAGUCCCAGUCAAACUACAAACAAUCUGUAUUUCGGUGACCUUAUUUGACUUUCUCUCUUUAUCUAUUCCUCGUACGAAGUGCUAAAAUAUUCGGAAACUUCGGAUUGCGCGACGAAGCGUGAUGUCACGCGAGGAAGAUUUAGAAAAAUGCCUGUAAAGUACUUUCCACUGUUUUUGUUCUGUGCAAUUGGGCAUGAACCUGAUAGUUACAAUACAUAAAUAUUUUCAUAACUAAAUGAAACACAGUGAUGUCCUGAUGACGGAACUUUAACCAUCCGUCAUGUUGGAUGCGCCGAAAUUUGAUGUAAAGGUGAUGUCAGGGUUCGUACAGUCUUGAAAAGUCCUUGAAUUUUAGGGGAAGUCCUCGAAAAGUCCUUAAAUUUCUGUGCAAGUCCCAUACUUGAAAAGUCCUUGAAUUUUUUUCAACUUUGAAAGAAGUAGCCUUGAAAGAAUUAUUUGAUGCUUUUUGGUUGUCCAAGACAGAAUAUAAAUCAUAGCUCAGAGAAUUUAAAGGUGUUGAGGCCUCAAAUGUAAUAAAUGACCCUAAAUGUAAUAAAGGUCCUAAGCGUAAUAACUUUUGGCCCUAAAUGUAAUAAAGGUCCUAAAUGUAAUAACUUUUGGCCCUAAAUGUAAUAAAGGGUCUAAUAAUAUUAUAUGUGUAAAAGGUUUUAGCCCUAAAUGUGAUGGAAGUCUUAACAGUAUACUGCAUGUAUGUAGUAUAACAGCCCCAAACUUGAUAAAGUCCCUGACUGAAACAUGCGACGGUCUGAUGCGAUAUUAAUUUCAUAGCCAGCUGGCGAUUCGCUUUCUUCGCCCUAUUGUAGUCUUCAUAGAUAUUCAUAAACUUAGAAAGCGGCUAGGGCGCUCAAGAAGUAGGAGAAACACUUAUAAAUUGACUACGUCUCGAUCGUGUUUCCUACUACAUCCCUACAUCGUAAAACGCGAGUUAUAAACAAAUGGAAUCUACACAAAAGUUUUCAAAAUACAGUAGUAAUUUAGUAAUUGAAGGAAGUAUUAAUGUUCAUUAGAAACAAUCAUCGUAGUAAAUUAACUACUUUUGCCUAUGGGGUUUUUUAAUGUUGCGCUCGAUUGCGCCCAAAAAAGAAAUGUUCUUUUUUUUAUCAUUUUCCAAAAGAGUAUGUCGGUCGGUCCAUACAGAAUGCUGUGAACACGAAGUUAUAUAUAAACAGUAAGAUAUUAAGGGUAGUAUAUCUUGAUAGUUUUUGUGACUUCCUGACUUUGAUUUUAAUUUCUACCAGAAGUACUUCUUGAAGUGAAUUUUUAUACUUACUUUUUUCCAGAAUUUCACCACAUGAAUAAUAAUAAGUUUUUACUCAAAUGGCUAUACAGGGGAUCUGCCUGGGGUAUUUAGUGUUUGAUAUUCCCUAGACACAUUCUGGUGCUCCGUUAACCUGUAAUAAGGCUGAAAGCAAACACUAUGAAAUCUUCUUAUGACCCUAAGCAUAAUAAGAGCAGAAAGAAUUACACUUAGGACCUUUAUUACAUUUAGGGUCAUUUAUUACAUUUGAGGCCUCAACAAUGUUACACGAGACGAUUCGCAACGAUGAUUUUUGGUGCAACACAGCGUUGCAACAUUGUUGCGACAUUUUUUCGCAGGAAUAGUUACUUACAACAUUGUCCCAACAUUGCAACGCUGUGUUGCGCUAAAUAAAAAUCGUCGUAGCGAAUCGUCCCGAGUAACAUCACCUUAAGUAUAAAAGGAUGCUUAGGAAGCAAACGUUCUGCAAGUUAUGAAAUCCCCGCCGAGAGAAAUGAACACUGUUGAAACUCGAACCUUAGAACUGCCAUUUUGUCAUUUUUAAUUGCUUAAAGCCUCGAUUACAUCAACGGUUGUAAUGAAUUUGAUAACAAUGCUAAAUUAGGUGUAAUAUAAUAAUUCAAGUAAACAUAGAAUUAAAACCUUUUGUACAGAAAAAUACAAAUUUUGAAAAACAUGGCUGUCAAAACUCGGUUGCCAUGGUAACGUCGACGAUGACACACCCGUCUCGACUACUGUAAAAUGUUCCCAGAUGAUUUUUUAGAAAAAUUCGAUGUCUGUAAUUUUCGAAAAUCGGUUGACAGUAGUGAAUUUUUGAAUUUCUUCAUAUUUUGCCCAAAUAAUCUCUAUAGUACAAUUAUUUCAAAAAUCACAUUAAAAUUUGUAACGGCUUUUUAUUUUUUCCUGAAUCGGGCAAAGUUUGAAAAACGCUAAAUCGACGCUCUUUCGAGUAUGAAAUUAGCGAAAAUUAGGCAUUUUCUUCUCGCCCGUACAUAAAAACGGGAUGAUACCUCUCAAUGAAAUCAAGUCACAAAGCAAACUCAGACCUGUACUUUAUAAUUCAGCAAUUAUCUUCUGAUAAGCUGUUUAAAUGUGACUGUGUCGAGCGCAAGAAGAAACACGAUUUCGGCUCUCUUCAAAAAUGGCAAAUUUGACCUAACUUCACCAUCAAAAAAACCCAAUUGGUACAUAGAGUUUCAACAUGAAACAAACACUAUUAUAAAGCACAUCCUUUGCCGUUUCUUGUGUUAAAAAAUUUUUGGCGACAUUACAAAAGUGCGUCGCUGAGACACCGAAACGUACAGGGUAGUUUCGCACGUUGGAACGCUGCAACAAACUAGCCGCGAGUGUAGGCACACAAACGUUUUUGCAAACUUAGCUUCUUUUAUAAGGGGCACAUUAUGGGAAGCUCUUAAGAUCUUUUGAAAAACACUUUUCAAUUUGAUGGUUAUAAAAAAGAACUAAGUAGAUUAACACUGCAUUUGAUUGCACGCAAGUAGCUGAAAAAGACAACCCUGCUAAUUUCGUGUUGAGUGGAAAUAUUGACCUCGAGUUUCUGCACCUAAAAUAAAGGCGCUAGAAACGGCUUGCUAGCUCUAAAUGAGAUACGAGAUCUAUAAGAAUUUACUUACCACAGUCGUUUCAACUGCAAGUAGCCGCAGUUUGCUGAAAUUUUCCGUCGUUUAGCCACGGACUAAACCCUGUGUUGCGUGAUGAAAGCCCGUGUGUGAUUUGAGUCUUGUCACGCAACUGUACAGACAAGGAUAAACCAUCGCACGAGUGUACAAGAAAAAAUAAAAUGACAAUUAACACUGUUUUAUUAUUAUUAUUAUUAUUAUUAUUAUUAUUAUUAUUAUUAUUAUUAUUAUUAUUAUUAUUAUUAUUAUUAUUAUUAUUAUUAUUAUUAUAUUGAAUAUUCCCCAAAACAUGUCGAACUAAACUUGAUUUUAGGAUGUACAAGCCGAAACUCAAACAGAGAAAGAAAACAAAUAGAUUAAGCCGAGUCUGCAAAACUUUUCACACUAGUUUUUUUUAUUUGCACUUAGCCUUCUGAGCCUUUGCUUGUAAUAAACUAAUCUUACCCCGCUUGGCGUAUAGACUUCUCUGUCGAUCUCCUCAGUGUGGAUUGAGGGAUUUAGGUACACACUUACGCCAUAUGCAACAUGAAGGUAGAGCAGGGAAAUGGAAACGAGUAAAACUGUUUAAAGAAAAAUUGGCAAAUGCUCCGAAAAAGAACAUUCCUGAAAAACCACGAAUCGACAAUGGACAAUGGACACAUUUGAUGAGCGAAAUAAAAGUAUUUAACAUGUUUAAAUUACUGAAAGUACUAUUGCUUUGCUCCUCUGCAGCAAGGGUAUCUUCUGGCGAGACCUCAACCUGCUGUUGACGAUCUGAUCCCCCGCCCCUUAUUAAAGGCCAGUCUACACAUUAUCGCGUUAGACCAGAAUGCACGUACAUGCUAACUCCCGCCUAAAAAAAGGAAUAGUCACCUGGCUCUCUCCGCCACCACCCCCCGGCACUCUUUCGCAGGCUAGAAAAUAAACCAAUUCACUGACAAGUUCUUUUUCAUAACGUCAAAAUCCGACGCCUAAAUGAAAAAAUGCUUUAAAAUGCCUCAGCCAUUUUACUUAUCCUCUUUUAACCAAAUACGUUGCGCGGAAAAGAGAUAAAAGGCUGAAAAUAGCCUUUCAUGUCGAUUUGAAUUUCAGAUGGAGAAUGCCCUUUUCGCUAAGUCUGCACCUGCAGUGACCUGUGUGCUAAAACUCCUUCGUGGUGGUAUCCCUCAGGCAAAAACGACCGCCUAGCAGCGAGGUACGAGGAGAGAAGUCCGUGGCCAUUUUCGAAAAGAAAAAGAAGUGUGAAGGCUGCACCUUCGUCGCUCAGAAAACGUCUGCGUAUAUCAUUUUCUUCACGCCGCGCACAGUCAUCAAUUAAUGUGCCCUUACGGACCCCUUUAAAAUAAGCAGACAGUAGGCUGUUCUUUAACGGUACAACGUGAUUUGUGCUCCGAUCCGCCACCCGGAACCAAACAUUUCGCGGGCCAGUGAGGAAAAACUUUUAUUUUCAUGGCCAAUUUUGUGGAUCAAACAGUCUGCUAGCUCUAAAUGCAGUGAUAAAGUCAUGAAUUUUUGUAUGCAUAGGGUUGAUCUUAAUGGAGAACUAAAUGCCAACCAACCCACCCAUCUCCUCCUCCUGCCCUAGCUAAACUUAAACAAGCUAAGUAGACUUUUCAUGACGUUAGCAUAGUCACCUGAGACCUCUUGUAAAGUUCACUAAAAUAAUAGCAAGCACCUUCGUAGCCUAAUCACAGUCCCUCUACUUUUUCUUUAGAGAUCGUCGAUUUCGCGUAUGAAAAUAAAAACCGCAGGGGAUUUAUUGACCAUUAGCGCAAGGGGAUCUCUCUCGCGCGCUCGCUUAUUUUCGAAACGAAAAAGGCGUGUAAAAGCUGCACCUUCGUCGCUCAGAAAACGUCUCCGUAAAUCAUUUUCUUCAGGCCAUACAGAGUCAUCAAUCAAUGUGCCUUUAUGGACCCCUCUAUGAGCAGCCAGUAGCCUGAUCUAGAACGGUACCACGUGAUUUGUUGCACCGCCACCGGGAAACAAACAUUUAGCGGUGGUGAGGAAAAACUCUUAUUUUCAUGCGCCAAUUUUGUGGAUCAAACAAAGGUCACCUAACGUAAAUGCAGAAAACUUUACUUUUAUCUUUAGCAUGGUAGGGUCGAUGUUUGGUUAUUGCCCUACAUACUCACGUGACUAACAAGUCAGGAGCAUACCAAGUGCCUCACGGCAUCUUUUCUAUGAUCGCAAUACAUUCAGCAUUACUGGGGCCACAGGCGCCACAAACCAAGUUUGAAUAUGUGCGAGAUGCUAUACGAACAUACACCAAAGACUUGCACCGUAAGACACUUAUACCAGGAAUUGCGCGUUCGCGUCACCCGCUUCCGGAAUGUCAUCUUUCCUUGUGUUGACAGAUUGAAAACAUAUACAAACUUAACUUUGAUUCUGCCUUGAUGCAGAAUUUAGUUAGCGGUACUGUGACCCCGUCUAGCAUUUAAGUUCAGGUAAGUAAAUAACUUUUCUGAUUUUAAGGUUUCAAUACGAUUAAAACUAUAGCAAGCGAGUAUUUCGACAAUAUUCCCCUCUACUAACUGUGAUUUGAACUGCGUACUCGUGUCUCUUCAUGAUGGGUUAUCGCAAAAUCAGUUGAAAGGAAUCAUGUUAAACCGAACAGAAACGCCGAAAUAUAAUCUGAAACAGUUACAACUCUGACUAGGGUUUAAAUGUCGAAGUAACUUAUGUUUGAAAGGAUUAAUAUUCCAAGCGUCGAAACUUGCUUGUUGCACGCGCUUUCCUGGUGUCAAAAUACCCUUCAGAUUUUGGUCUCUUGACGGUGCGCAUUUGAAAUGCCGCCAGAAAUAUUUUAACACAAACACAGGCAAAGGAUAUGCUAUAAUACAGUUCUUGUUUCAUAUUGAAAUUCCAUGUACCAACUGGGUUUUUACGAUGUUGGAGUUAGGUCAAAUUUGCCAUGUUUGAAAAGUGCUGAAACCGUGUUUCUUCUUGCAGCCGGUACAGUCGCAUUUAAACGGUUUAUUUAAAGUUAAUUGCUGAAUUAUAAAUUAAAAAUGAGUGUCUGUUUUGUGACUUGAUUUCAUCUAGAGAUAUUAUUCCGUUUUUAUGUACGAGCGCGAAGAAAAUGCUCAAUUUUCGCUAAUUUCAUACUCGAAAGAUCGCCGAUUUAGAGUUUUUCAAACUUUGCCUGAUUCAUGAAAAAAUAAAAGCUGUUACAAGUUUUAAGGUGAUUUUUGAAAUUAGUGUACUAUAGAGAUUAUUUGAGCAAAAUAUGAAGAAAUUCAAAAAUUAACGACUGUCAGCCGAUUCUCGAAAAUUACAGACAUUGGCUCUUAAAUUCAAUUAAAGUAUGUAGCGUGAAAGUUUUAAAAGUUACUCGACUUUUUCGUUAGAGGGGCCCUCAAAAGCCCCUGCGGUCUGAAUAGGAUUGAUGUGUCAUGAAAAACUUACUAGAUAGUAGUAGAUAGUGCAAUAAUAGCAAACAUCUUCUAAAUUUGGUCUCCGCAAGCAGGUUAUAUUAAGGCCAAUCAGAAAAGGAGAGAUAUUUUUUAUAAAGUUCAAAUUAAUGAUAUAAGUUACUAAUAGUAUUACUUUAUUUAGAGAGACCCAGGAAAAGACAAGAUCACUGCAUUCACGAAAUGAUGGAUGACGUUUCAAAAUCAGAGCUCGCGAAAAAUGUAAGAGUUAUUAAUGGACAAGUUGUCCUGGACCUGCGAGGAAAACGGUUGUCAAACGUCACUGAUCUCGCCGGUGUUAAGGUCCUUGACCUUGGCGACAACAAUCUAACCAAACUACCUGACAAUAUUGGUGAUUUGGCUGAUCUAGUUGUUCUCCACGUCAAUGGCAACAAGUUGACAAAGCUUCCAACAAGCGUUAGAAAAUUAUCGAAGCUACAAGAACUGUACUUAAACAAUAAUCAAUUACAAGAGAUCGAUGAGACCGUUCACCUGAAGGAACUAAGAGUUCUGCACCUUGAACACAAUCGAUUGUCAGAGUUACCUACUAAUUUCAAGCAUCUGCAGAAACUUCAAAAACUGUUUCUGAACGACAACCAACUCACAGGAUUUCCCGAGGAUAUAUUUGAUUUGCAAGAGUUGGUAUGGCUGAAGUUAAGUAAUAAUAGACUUUCAGAGAUUCCUUCCAGUAUCAGAAAGCUGAAAAAGCUCAAAGUGUUGUACAUCAGCAACAUCAACCUGAGAGCAAUUCCGAAUGAAAUAUGUGAACUAGCCCAUCUUAGAGGCCUAAAUCUGGAAGGAAAUCCUUUGAAAUCUGACGACGAAGGAUUGAAUCAUCUUUUGAAGCUGAGCAAAGAGCGACACCCGUAUAUGUCAAUAGCUAUUUCAGGUAAGCAUAGCCAUCUGAAAAUUCAUUUAGUUACUUUAUUUGUUCAUCACACACAUAAGUAUACCGCAUUUACGUGAUCUUACGUAGCCCGCUGACACUCCCUGGAAAUUUGAGCGAAGAUGUACACCCUGCUUCCUGCAACCCUCACUGCUUUUUCUUAACCAAAAUAUGCCAUUUUCCUGUUUCAGAUGAGGAGGGUGCAGUGUCAGUUAAAUUUGCAUGAGCCAUCAAUCAGUUGUCAUUCAGGUUAUGUUCACACAAUACCAGUUACCAUGGGCCGGCACGAAAGCCAUACCGAAUAGGGCUUCACACAUUAAAGAACGAUGAUUUCGGCGCGAUUUCUGCAACGGGGCGAAGCGACGCCGCGCCUAUCUCUAUAGUGUUUACACUAUACCGCACAGCUUUUCGUGUCUUCACGAAAGCUGUCCGGUAUAUAAGCUAGUGCGAACAUAGCCUUAAUCGGCGACUGACUUAAAUUUGACGUAAAAAUAAGAGAUAAAAUCGAAAAACUUUUCAUGAAAAAAUAAUUACCUGUUUUGUUGUCCAGGUUUAUUAUUCCUUCAUUUUUAAUUGCUUCGUGAACGUUUGUACUCUUUAAAUGUUCCAGAAAUUAGAAAUUAUUUAGACUAGAAAUUCAUAAAGAGAAAGCAGACAUCAGACAAUAAAAAUUGCUAUUCGGUACUAUGGAAACACAAUUUUUGUCAGUAACUGUAAAAUUAUCAAUAACGAUGAAAAUGAAACAUGAGGAUCCUACAUUAACGGUGUAUAACGGUGUUUUAUGGCAAGCGAAGGGAGCCGCGAGGGGCCGAGGAAAAGCAGGCUCAGUUAAUAUUGUUGAAUAAUCCCCGAGAAGCAGCUUUGGCGAAUAGUAUUGUUUUAAACAUAGCUGGAAAUUUCUUCCCAACAGCGCGCGCUCUCGUUGGUUACUUCGAGGUCUCAUCUGACAAUGAAACUGUUUCCCGCCAAAUUCUCUGAGCUGGCAACAUUGCAAAAUCUAUAACGUCAGAGGUAACAGUGCACUGUUACCCGCGAAUGUUGACCGACGACCGCCGUUACAGGAGGUUUAAUGAAUUUCCAGCUUCAAAAUUUCCAACUAGUCACCUAAAGUCUGGUCCUUGGGAAAACAGCUAAGUUUCCCUCGGAACCAGUCGUUUAGUGUAUAUUUCUUCACUCAACCCAAGUAACUAUCUGUACCACCUUCUGACCAAAGCUGUUCAAAUAGGCAUAUUUCGUACUUUUUAACCGAGCAUGGAGGCCGCUAGUUUUAUCCGAUUCACGCAAAUUGUACCCCGUCUGAAUGCUGAAAGCGCGUAGAAUUCGUCCAAGUUUUGCAAAUUUGGAGUGAUUUGUACUUUAAACCAACACUGAGUGAGAAUGCUAGAAGUGGAAUGUUUUAUCAACAUAAUUUAUACACACAAUUAUUGAGACUCCCUUUACAGGACUUUCGGCAAGUCCUUUCUUUCGGUUUCAAUAUGAAGCACCUCGAAGGCGGAAAGAUCGCUGAAAUGUGAUCAUACUUUCCAAGACCAAGAACUCAGGGUUAAGCCAAAGUUCAAGCACAUUUUUCUUGUCAAGGAUUUUUUUUAACUUAAUGGUGUAAAAUAUUGUCGAACCUUUACUCCGAGAUACAGUUGAUAUUAACCUCCUUGGAUACUGCUACCGCUGGGACAGCUACUUUAAAACUUUGUUGAUGAGAACAAAUUCUUUCAGAUUCGAUGCAUCAAGAACAGCAUCCAGGAGAGGAUCGUAAAGCAGUCUUUGUGUAAGUACUGACAUGUGCGUUUUAGUCCGUUUUCCUUAUUUAUAUCGACCUCUCUGAGUGAUCUUCAAAGAAUACUAUGUGGACGAAAAAUGUUGAAUGCUUUGAAAACUGACAAAACAGCCGACAUUUCGCGACGCCACCAACAGUUUCCCCGCGAAAUGACAUCUGAGAACCGAGCGCAGAAAUUCCAUACUGAUGACGUGUCAUUACCCAGAUCUAGAUAGUGCUUCUGAUUGGUCGUGCCGAGUGGGAAAUGUGUUUCAACCCGUCAGAAGCACUACCCAGAUCGGGGUAGUGACGCGUCAUCAGUAUAGAAUUUCUGGGCUCGUUUCUCAGACGUCAUUUCGCGGAAAAGCCGUUGGUGGGGUCGCGUAAUAGGGAGCUUAAGCAACGACCGCGCGGACGGCAACGAGAACGGCAAAAAAAGCAAUAGGUUUGAUUAGCAAAACAACGACUUUACACGUGCAUCACGCUUUUAUGUACAUUUCUUUGCCGUCGUUGCCCGACUACAACCUGAAAGUGCCUGAAUUCACGUUUUGUCGAGGACGGGAACACAAGACAACAACUUUCUUUUCUUUUCCUGAACUUUGAUACAGUCCUUUAGAAUUCAACUCCAAAAACAUUUGCCAACAUUUGACGAAGUAAACGAGAUGGAAUAAGCGCGAUAAAGUUUGAGACAGCGCGACUUCACUUUUUAAGUGACGUUUUUGUAGCCGCCGCCGUCGUUGUUGCUUAAGCUCCCUAAUGUCGGCUGUUUUCUCAGACUGUGAAAACUGUGAAAAAGUAAAAAUCCUUGACUUUUUAUCCGAGCAAGGAAAACUCAAAUUGCUUGUUUAUUUUAUUUUAUUUUAUCAACGUCAUCGUGCUUUUUUAAAGUUUCAAGGUAUAAUGUAAAUUGUAUGCAUUAUGUCUCAUCCCGUGAAGUUUCAAUGGCCUAUAAUGAAUUUUUAGUAUAAACACAAGAGAGACUGAGGCCCCCUUCCACACGCAUCCGGAUAUUUUUGAAUCCGCAACUUUUUCUUAAUUUCCGAUUUCAAAAGUUUCCACGUCUGCUCUUAUCCGUAUUCAAAUCGGAUUUUUCCGUCCACACGUUUCCGAUACGUAUCUGUAUUCACUCUAGUACCUCUGGGGAUAUUGGCAACGGAGCACGCGUCUUAAAGCGCGCGAAAAUUACAUCUUGCAAUAUGCAUCGACGGGAAACAGAAAGAACCUGGGAACGAGCUUGUCAACUACGGUAAAGAACUGGGCUUAAUCUUGUUAUGUCGCCGGAUAAAAAAAUAUCCGAGUUUAGCGUCCAUACGAUAUUCCGGAUUCAUAGCAUAUUCAAAAAUUUCCACUCUGAAGAGCCGAUUCAAAAAGUUGCGGAAUUGUCUGCCGGAUUCACCAGAUUCGUGUGGAAGAUAGCCGUAUCCGGAAAGAAAACGUUGCGGAUUCAAAUAUCCGGAUACGUGUGGAGGGGAUCUGAGAAGAGUACUAAAGACUGCAUCAUGGGCGUAAUAGUCUUCUUUAGCUGGUAUUGUUGUUUUCCCAAUAGAGGUCUGAAGGGAACUUGACCCUUUGUCUUCUUUUAAACUGUUCAUACAGAUGCAAGUGCAUGUUAAGCUUCGACGAAACGGGCAACAAAAACGUUCAACUUGUUUUGCGACAUUGCUGCAAAACGAGUUGAAUAGCGAUGUUGCGUGUUUUACCACCCACGUUCAAACCUGUUAACAACCUGAUUUGUUGCAAGACAGGUUUGAUGUGAGCGGUAAAACGCGCAACAUCACUAUUCAACUCAUUUUGCAGCAAUGUUACAAGACAAGUUGCGUGUUUUUUUGUUCCCCGUACUUUACGCGGAAUGAAGGCUGUAUUUUCUCUACGUUUGAACAUUUUGAUUUAAAUGUCACCUCUGGUAACAAGAUUUUUCACCUUAUGACAGAAGGAAACUUUAGCACCAGACGUUCUUGAUUCACGAACGACAUGUCUGGCCGAGCAGAACUGGAUCGGGAACGCGGUUUUGGCGCCAAAUGCAAAUCAUUAAGCAAAUCUACUAUACGCUUUUAAAGUUCUAACAUAACAAAGAGCAUACACGGGUUGAAAACUGUUAUAUUGGACAUUAAAUCUAACUGUGUUUAUACGAACGUUUCUGAACCUCUGGUUUCAUCAAAACGCGAGUUCUCAGCUCAAAAACGUCUUGACAGGAGUUGACUGUUACAUCCUGUCAAUUUCUUCUUUGUGGUGAUUUCAAAUUUCACGUCGUUGACAAUACAAACUAGCCUGAAUUUCAUCCGAUUACUUCGAGUCCUUAUUACUCCCUCAGUAACGUCUGAGUCGACCGGCCGUUGAUGCCGUCAAGUGGCGUCACUACUCCUUUUGAUCCUUUGCUUUAAGUUCAUGCAAAAAGCAAAACACGAUUUUCAAGUGGCAAACCAAGAAAUUAUCGUUUAGAAAUGUUUACAUGAUACAGAACAGCUGACAGAAUUGCUUUACUCUUUUCGAUCGUAAUUCAUGUUUUUAACGUUCAAACUAUCAACUGCAUGCCCAUACUCUGAACCGGUUGUAAUUGAAACUCGGCGCAAUCUCGCAAAGAAAUAAAUACAAACACGAAACAGUUACUUCAAAAACACAACAAUUUCCUUAAAUUGCAAAGAAGCUAUUUGGUUUUUAACGAAGAAAAAAGAAAACAACGAAACAAGAAAGAAAAGCUAACAGAAUCAUUACUCUUGACGGUGAAAAUGGCAAAAAGGUCGAAUGACAACUUGACAUUGGUCUUCAGAAACUUCGCAUGAACAAAAUCACUUCGGAAACCACAAAGCUGCUCUAAAUGAAAAACCUACCGACUCUCCGCAAUGAUUCUUCAUUCGCAGUUCAAUUUAGCAAUUCAGUUUCGAAGACAAGGGCAAUUUUGCUGUUUACGAUAAAGAUUAUCGAAAUGUUUGAACUCUACGCAGGCAUGCCACCGAUGCGAUCCGCUGAAUAUCAAGCGACAAUCCUGCUAAAAUUUCUCAUAAUUACCGUAUUUAUUCGAUUAACCGCCUUGGGCGCUUAUUAAAUUUUUGGACCUUGAGAGUGGGCGCUUAUUCGAAGUGGGCGCUUAUUCGAGGCUGGGCGCUUAUUAAAUUUUCACAAUUUUCAACAAGUGUAGUAUGUAUAUUUUGCAAGAAAACAGUAAAUGGUAAUAACAAAACGCGAAGAUGUAACAAAGCAAGGUUUCUGCCAAACACCCUGAAGAAAACUCCGUCUUCGGAGAAGUCUCAAAUUAGUAAUUAUUCUUUUUUUUGGGUGGUAGCGGCAAGGGAGUGGGCGCUUAUUUGAGUUUGAGUGGGAGUGGGAGGGAGGUGGGGUGGGGUGGGGUGGGGGUUGGCGCUUAUUCGAGGCUGGGCGCCCAUUAACUUUUUCUGCCUUUAGGAUGGGCGCUUAUUCGAGGUCGUCGCUAAUUCGAGGUUGGGCUCUUAUUCCAAUAAAUACGGUAUACAUAAUUAUGCGAAUGUUUAGACAAUCAACCAAUCAAAAUCACUACCCGGUUUUUGGGUAGUAGUGACGUCACUGGACGGCAUUAACGGCCGGUGGAUUCAGACGUUGCUGAGAGGAGGAAACGACUCGAAGCAAUCGAAUGAAAUUCAGGCUAAAUACAAACAGAAAUGCCAAACAAUUCCACGACCUUUUUUCUGUUGAUCUGAAACAGCAUGUUACAGUCUAGCGUACCCCCCAAGAUUACAUUGAUGAAUUUUAUGUUAACCGAAAGUUGAAUCCGUUGGUAGCUGUAGAUUUCAGAUUCAUCUCUGCAUUCUUGCAUGCGUAUUAAAUGAGCCGUGAAUUCACACGCGAGGCAGGUACGUAAUUUCUACCAGCUCAGUUUCCCUGAAUUUGACGUAAAUGUCUUCUACGAAAUUUAACCCAUUCAAAGAUUUUCAAUCUGACCAAAUACAGAGAGGUUCUCGUAAAAUAUUCACUGCUCAUUACACAUGCGGGAAUGCCGAUUUGAAUUUGACACUGUUUACCGGAACCACCAACGGAUUCAUUUUUCAAAUAAUCAGUUCAUUAAUAGAAUCUCGGGGGGUACGCUUGACCCGCCUUGACUGUAAUGGCCCUACCCAUCGUCUGGGACACACAUUGGAUCUUCUCAUCACUCGCGAAAUGGAUACUCUAAUUUCUCAUACAAGAAUUUUACCAGAUCUUUUCUCUGACAACCUAGUGGUUUUGUGCUUCACAAAUUUACCGCGGCCUCCUGCCACCCCUAUAACUGUCACGCAUCGGAAGACUCGGGACAUCGAUCUUGAUGCUUUUUGGAAGGACAUCUGCCGUGUCGUCUCUAAAGAAUCAGUUGAUAACUUGGACGGCAUGAUGACCGCGUAUGAUAAUACUUUGUGUCUUCUACUUGACAAGCACCCCCCAGAACAAACAAGGAAUAUAACCUUUAGGCCAUGUGCGCCUUGGUUCUCAGACGGUCUUCAAGAAUUAAAUCGUGUUAAAAGGCGCCUUGAAAGAAAAUUUCAAUUCACUCUGAGUUAUUAAUCGUCAAGCAAAUUUACUAUCAAGCCUGCCGCAAUUAUAAUCGCUCGUUGGAGGUUUCGAAAACCAAUUACUCGGAAGGAGUAAAAUUCUUUCUCGACCAAGAUAUCUGUCUUGUCCGCAAGGGUCGGGCCUUGGGCCGCUGUUAUUCUCGCUGUAUAUCGCCCCUCUUGAAGAUAUCAUCUCCGCACACGGCUUCGACGCAAUGAUGUAUGCCGAGGACACCCAGCUCUACCUUUUUAUGCGUAACAGGAACCGCGCCGUUGCUGUAGAAAAUCUCAGUUUGUGUCUAGAUGAUAUCAUGAGUUGAAAUUUAUGGAAUAUGCCCAAAUAAAUUGUAUUCCGCCAAAGAUCAGUGACUGAGAUAACCCAUUUCUCUUCGCGUUUUUUACCUGCAGAACAGAUUGCUUCGAUUAAAGUCCGUGAUCAGUACGUUCAGCCGACUAGUGUUGUCAAUGCCCUCGGUGUUACGCUUUAUUCACACCUCACCUUUGUUCCCCAUGUCAACAACACUUGUCGCGCUCUCUCGCGUUCGUUUCAUUCUAUUGGCAGAAUCAGAAAAUAUCUUUCGCAAGCGGAUACUGAGCACAUUUUCCUUGCCUUCAUUUUAUCGAAAUUGGGGUUAUUGUAAUAGUUUGCUCUAUGGAAUUCCCUCUCGUGAAACUGAGAAAUUUCAGAGAUUGCAGAAUACCGCGGCAAAAUUAAGUGUGUGCUUAAAGAGGACCGAUAAUAUUGCGCUACCUUCCUGUUAAGAACAGAAUAAUUUUUAUUUUAUAAGUUAUUGUUGAUUACGUACAAAUCUCUUAAUGGCCUUGCCCCGGUGUAUAUUGAUGAGUUGUUACAUCAUUACAGUCCCUGUCGUUCUCUUCGUUCUGGUGAUUCCAACCUCCUAGUUAUUCCCAAGACUACUACGCUUACUUACAGUGCUCCGAAGUUAUGGAAUCAGCUACCGCUUGCCAUUAGACCUGACAAUUGAAAGUAACUCUGUUGAUAGUUUUAAAAGGGCUUUGAAAACGUAUCUGUUUCGUGAGAGCUCUUUCUUUUAGUUGUAAAAAGCUUCGAGACAUUUAUAUGUAGAAUGCCUUUUUACGAACUUUAAUUAUUAUUAUUAUUAUUAUUACUAUUAUUAUUAUUAUUAAUAAUAAUAAUAAUUUGGAAGAAGCAGUUCUCUAGACUGUUAUCACAUGACCUGUAUCAGAAAAACAAAAGAUACAUAAGCUAAAGAGGUCUAUAAUGGAUAUUACGCAGCGGGAGUGCCUCCCGACGCAGGUGACGCCGUAUGCCGGUUUGGGUUGUUAUUGGUCCUCGGCCUUUCUCUGCGUAAGAGAUUUUUUCCCAGUACUCCGGUAAGUUCCUUUGCUCUUAAAACGACAUGUUCAAACUCCCAUAUGUUAGACAAAAUAAAGGCUACUUUGAAGAUGCGCUAUCGCUUGAUUUAAAAGCGCAUCAUUUACAACUUGUUGAAGGGAAAGUAAACAACAUAAGAGACUUGUAAAUAAAAUAAAGAUGCCGGUAUAGCUAAAUAAUAUGUAUAUAUAUUUUUUUCAAUAUAUACAGAGAACGCAUUAUAUUGAAAGAAGCCUUGUUGAACUGUUACGAAGAUGUGGGUGUUUGCGUUGUAUCUCCUCUCACGACUGUGACGACACCUGCGAUGAAUAUGUGUUUCCAAUUACAAGGUCCCACGAUAGGCUCAGCACUUCUUAUUGAAGAUGAAAUUUUGAUUAGCAAAGUGAUACAAUUUCAACCCAUCGACAAGUCUAGCAAGGUUUCUAAAGAAAAGGUGAAGGUGGCUUUGCGUUAUAGUUGCCCUGACUUAAGAGGAUAUGAAGUUGUGAUCAAAGCGUCAGUGGACAAGGAAAGGAAUGAGUGGAAGGAUUUGGAGACCAGAAACGUCCGGAAACCUUCAGGUAAAACGCUCCUUGGUUCCAUUCCAUUAAAGAGAGGAUAGUCGUUAAUUCACGUUGCCAUGGUAGCAAAAUUUCUGGCUGACAACAAACUGAAUACGUCUUUUAGAAAGUGAAUUAGUACUAUCUCAAACUUCAUCGAUCUUAUCGAAUUUCACUUAAUUUGUCAGAUGUUGUGAGUAUAGUUAUACUACUACAUGAGAAAUUUCUGCUAUUUGAUUGGCUUAGAACAGUGGUAUUCCAGCUUGAUUUGAAAUACCUACUUGUGAAAAGUACAAAACCUUUGCGGGAAGAAUAAUAUAAACAAAUAAUAGCAUGAUUUGUAGUGAUAUUUGUCAUAAAUACCCCUCGUGAUAUUUCAAAAUUGUCUCUAAUUUCACUCGCCUAACGGCACGUAUAACAGUUUCGAAAUAUCACUCGUGGUAUUUAUGCCAAAUAUCACUACAAAUCAUGCUAUUACCUAUACUAAUAAAAAAUUAACACAAUUUUAAGGUCAAUAAUACAAUAACUUUAUUUAAAAAGGGAAGCGCAGUAACCUAUUACAGUUUUCAAAACCUACGGCCCUCAAAAAAUAAAUAAAUAGAUAAAUAAAUUUAGGAGACAAAAAGCAAAUAAAUUUAUUUGAUAUAUAAAUACACAAAAGAGACAAUAUUUAAAGUAGAAUAGGCUAUAAACACGUAAUGAAUAUCGAAGAGGUCGAAGAACAUAUGAGGGAAAUCCAUAAGGACGAGUGCGUUACCUGCUUUAAAGGCCACCCUCGCUUUUCAUUUUAAUAACUUCAAAACCGUUCAAUCUAUAACCGACUUUUUCUAAAAUUUGUCGGGAGAAUAAUUUUAAGUCAUCAUUACGUGUACGUCAACAUUGACGUUAACAUUGCAACCGAGAUUGACUGCCAUUUUUGCUUUCGGGAAUCCACAGCGCUGGAAUGACUGCAAUCCAGUAUCCACGACUGCCUUACAUGGGGCAAAGAUGCAAAGAUGCAAAUCUGUGAUAGCAUUUAAGCGAAAAACUCUAAAAAAGCCCCGCCUUCAGUAAAAGAGAUGCAAAGCCACCUUAAAUAUUCAUUUUAGACAGUCCUACAAGCCAGUUAAGUUUUUACCACUGUACUUGGUCGUCUCUAUUAUGUGUACUGUUUUGUUCAUUGAUUACAGAUCUCAGUGAAGAUGAUCAACGGAUUUUCCCGGAAUGGAUGUAUCCUUUUGCUGAAGCGGAGAUAUCUGAUAUAACGGAUUGCUCUUUGUUUGCUACGAUCUGGCGUCUGAGGUCUUUUACAUUCUGGAAGCCCAGUUCAGGAGCACUUGAAUUUAACUGCACAGUGACAGAGUUUCCGGGUGUAAGCGUGACAGUUCCUGAGAGUUGCGUACCUGUAAAUGAAGACUUUUCGUUGACAGUAAAGGUAUUUCAUUUAUUAAAGUUCUAACAAAACAUCAGCCGGUGCUUUUAUGAAGAUAAAAACCUAUUACUCCGUGGGGUCCUAAAUCAAGGUGGCUCGACCUGCGUUUUCAAGGCCAAUACCUCACGGCGUUUGAGCAUUUACUAAUCGUCGUUUACAGAGAUAUAGAAAAAGGAUCACUACUAACAGCUUUAUCAGACAAAGGUGAAAAUUGGUUAUAAUCACUGUUCUGUUGACGUCGGAGGUGUCAUAGCAACGAAAUGGCGUCAUUUCCCUUUCUACUUACAGCCGUAUUUCUUCGCACUGGGAGUUUUCUUCCAAACUCGUUCACGGAAACUUGUCCCCCCCCGGACGCCUCCUUUUACAUGGCAAUAGAGGUCAGACAUCCAAACCGACGGUAGCAAAGAAAAUUCUUAAGACUGACAGUUCAUUAAGUCGUUCCAUGUGGACCGAACAAAUUGUGAUGAACAAAUUUAGGAUCUAUCCAUGCUUUGUUAUGCCUCAAUAGGUGCAGGAAGUACCACAAGGUGAUGAGAAAGAAAAACGAGAAGGGCCUAUUAUUCACAUUUUCUGCUCCGAAGAAGUUACGCUGACGCAACAUGCUACAAUUACGAUCCCCUUCACUUUGCGUAAAGAAUCGGAGGAGGUAUAUUCAAGGGUUGAAGAGUUACGUGAGGUCAGAAUUUUCCACGCCAAGGAUGAAUCAAGUGCAUGGGCUGAACUGCAUCCAAAAGAUUUUAAAGUUGAGAAUGGAGUUGUCACAUUUCAAGUCAGCCACUUUUCGAUGUAAGUACAAUAGCCCCUAUGCAUGAUUACGUCAGACGAGUAAAUUUCACCAACAAGCCUCGUUUGUGAACAAAAUUUUUUGCAUUUGCACUUUUUGUGCGUGGGUAUUCUUUUCAACUCUACUGCCUUGGGAAUUCAUUUCUGUGAAACUUCGCUUAUUUUUAAUUUCAAAACGAGGCUUGGUGGUGAAAUUUGCUUGUGUGACGUAAACAUGCAUAAGGGCUAUUCUUAGUAUCUAGGGGCGCGAAUUAUUUUUUCCGCGGUUAAAAAAGUAGCCACUUAAUAUUUUUGGUUUGGUGCAGAUUCAACUUUCGUGAAAUUUUGAGCAGACCAGUGGGUAGGUGGGGGAGGGAGCGAAGAGGCCUGCAACUGGCAUUAGAUGUUUUCACAUUAUACUUACUUGAAAAGCGGUCAGCUCUUUUAGUGAAAUCAUGAAAGCAGAGUUUACAGUUUAAACUGGAACCGGCCGCGGGGCACAACCCCCCAGCGUUUAUAUAUACAACACCUUGCUAUUAUGACCACAUUUAUCUGGCCUAAACCUUUAUACACUCCGCCUAGUUUUCUUUUUAUUAGAAAACCUAGUAAAUACGACAAGACAUGGCUCAACAUUGGGCGUUUUAGUAGUGUUCCACUGAAUUUUUUUAAAGGAUGUGUUUUAAAAAGAAGGACGAGGUGACAGAGGAGAAGAAUAAUAAUGGGAUAUACUAUUUGUUCAACAUAGCCGCAUAUCUGAUCCCUUAGGUCUUAAAAUUGCGAAGAAAAACUGAAACGCAAGCGACUAUAUAUUCUUUUGGAGACAAUAGGGCCAUUUAUACGAGGAAAAAUAAGACGCGUUUUACAUAAGACGCGUCUUAAAUAAGACGCAAACUUUCCGUAUAAACGGCACAUUUCGUCUAAAAUAAGACGCGGCUUAGCUAAGACGCGUCUUAUUAGAUAAGAAAUGCUCGUAUAAAUGGUACAGUUCGCGUCUUAUUUAAGACGCGUCUUAUUUUUCCUCGUAUAAAUGGCCCUAAUGACUGCAAAUGUGUAGCUAUUCUGACGAUUUAUAAUUCAACUCCAAGUUUGCCUAGGAACUUGGACAUUUUUUACUCAUUGCUGUGUAGUAAGGCUGGACGAUUACGAAAAAUCACUUCAGAAAGUGCUGCAAAGCAGACAGUUUGAACUCGCGUCGAAUCUCCAUGAUUCCUAUAAAAAUGAUCCGAACUCUACAAAAUUGUCCUCAUCGCAUAUGCCCAUAAUUUUUCUUUUCCUUCCAAUCGACGCUUCUUUUAAUUUAGGUUUCAUCACAUAGUAUAACUUCUCGUAAAACCUUUUACUUUCAAUUUAAACUUUUUGUUCUGUUAGAGGGGCUCAGCUUUGCUGUCACCAAACAAGACAGUUGUUUUUUCAGCUUAAGCGAAGGGCUUUCAUCGUUCGUAGUUCAGUAAGCGUAAGUCUCGCCAUCCCCCGAUCCCCAUGGCACACCGUUACCUUACAUUUUGAUAGUUUAUCGAGCUCAAGAGAGGUUUUAUCUUAAAAGGGUUGUUAUCUGGACGACCGGAACGAUAAAAGCAGAGCGCUUGCAGUGAGCAGUAGAGAUAAUAUCAGCUUGCUCAUCAUGACGAUCGUGACCGGGCAUCUUCUCGUUUGGUGAAAGCGAUGUGGGAACCCCCCUAUCGAAAAACGUUUCACCAUGAAUUAGGGUUUGAAGUGGCCACUGACAGAAUUUCAAUAUGUUACGUCCUGGGUAUUAUUCAAACGCGUCUGUCGAGAAAAGAAAGAUCAGUAGGAACAGUCCGAAACAGACCUUUUGAGAAUGGUUUUGUUAAGACCUGAAGCUGAAGAAUACUGUUUCAAUACCCUUCUUUUAUUCAAACUACUUGAAAUUUUAACGGUGAUGAUGUCUACUGAUUUCCAGUAUGCGAGAAAUGUACUUUCAUUUGUGUGCCCCAGGUAUUCCUUUAUUCUUACCCAUGUAUAUUUUAUAACUCUAAACUUUUAAUCAGUCCUUUAACUAUAAACUUCUCCAAACAAAGCCUAUAAAACCGACAUAGACAUCAUUGCAUGGAAGAUCUCUAUAAAUGCAAUUUUAGCGCGUUUGAACAUUUUAAUGUGAUUUAAGAAGCUUCGAGUUCGAAUGGUAAGCUUUCUGCAUGCCCUAAACCUUAUUUCAAGUUAAUAUUGCAAGUGCAACAGGUGAUUUUGAAACUCGCCUACACGACUUCACAAAAGCCUUAGGCAACGAAUAAACGACGACGCAAAUUCAUGGAAAGUCUUCUGGGUCUCGAAUUCAUACAUUUUCUUACAUGCAGAAUUCAGGUUGGAAGGACUAUCAUAGAGUUUGCGAUGGCUGCGAUUUUACCAUUAACAACUGAAUUAUUGGAUGAGGCUGCGUAUCAAACUUUGCCUAUUGUUAUGGUUGCAUUUUGGCGAAUACGGUUCCUCGGCAGUUUAAGGGUAUAAAGGGAUGUUUAGUCUAGCAGAUAUUCUUCGUAAAGCAUUUUGCUUCCGUCGAGUGUGGUAUUUUACUAAAGUUUUUAUGUGUUAAUUCCGGGCCAUUUUUCUUUCGAAAAACGAGUGAAAUUCCGGCUUCUUCCAGGAACAGCUGAGCUACCGCGCCUUCUGCUGUCCUUUUUCCUGUCCAUGGUCAGACUGUAUCGAUAUCUACAAUCGUGUUCCAAAAUUUGGCAACGGUAGCAGCUGGUUAUUAACCGGGGAUUUGAACCAAUCAAAAUUAGAUAAAUAUUUUGAAAGAAUAACAGUUUAAACAUACCUUUAACGUUAGUAGACAACUAUGAUAAGUAUUAAUUUAUCAUUUUUGUGCAGGUUUUGGCCGUGGUUCUUUUAUGCUGUACCGAUUCUAUUAACAACAGCCAUGGUGGGUCACCGUUAUUGGCUUUCCCGAUCAUGGACUGUAAAGUUAGAGGCUUGGCUGUGUCAAAGUGAUAUUCCUGGUUCUUUAGCCUUAAUUUUGUGUUGCUAUCCAGAAGGAGAAGAACUGGGCGACGUUACAUCCAACCGCAUUGUGCUUUUUCAUGGCGGCCCAUUACUGCAAACUUGUUGCCAAGGCGACGUUUUGUUUUUCAGUCUUGUCUCCCUGGACUCUACUUUGGAUGAAGAGUUGUCUGAAGAGGAAAUGCAGAUAAAGUAAGAAAAUUGACUAAAAAGAUUAUUAAAUAACUUUACAGCUACAGUCAACUCUCUCUCUCUCUCCGCCCUCUCCCUCUAUCUUCCCCUAUGCGACCACCCAUGUGCACGACAAAGGGUUCGCUUACGGGAGGUGGUCAUCUACGGAAAAUCAAGAAAAUAAACUCAAACUGAAGUUGUUACCUUACAAGCUUAAAAGAAGCAAAAACGUAGGUGAAUAGACAACUAGCAACUGAUCUUAUACUUCGAAUAGCGCUUGGAACUGUUGAAACUGUGCACAUCACAUCUUGCAUCAACGUUACAGUCCACUUUUUUACUAAUUUAUCUAAAGGGAAAACUAAAUGAUUCUGCUGUAUGACAUGUCCAAAGUUUAGAUUUUUUUAACAUGAAAUGUUUUAAAUUUGUCUUAUAUAAAAGCAAAAGUGCACCUUAAAAACCACUCGCCAAAAUGUUCAUCUGACUAAAAGAAUACAAACUACAAGCUACUGGUUGAUUAGUUGAAAGUACAGGCUUUGGUCAAUCCAUUUAGUCCAGGUAUCAAUACAGCCUCUGUUCUCGUUCAGCAAAACCAGCUGGCCGCUUCAAAACAACUUCAUUAACACAUAUUGCACGAGUUUUCCGUACGGUGACUGAGGGAAUAUUAUUUAGUUUCUAACUGCAAUAAAGAUAUUGUACCGGUCCAACUUCACGGUAAUUUCGACAGGUUCAACGAAGAAUUAUUUUCGUUCACAUUGGCCAUUAUCAAAAUCCUAGAAUCCUGGUGAGUUUUUGGACGCGUUCAUUGCUCUAAGUUUUUUUUGUGACUUGUGAAAAGCGAAAGUUCGUUGUAAAGUCAGGAAGCUUCACCGUUGGUAAUGGUCAGAGCUGUUUUCCGUUAUGGUUUGAUACUACCACCACGUUCACCCUCGUGUUAUAUUUUUCAGUUGAACUAUAGCAUAGUUAAUCAAAGUGGAAUGGUUGGGAAACUCUUCGUUAUAUGUUUUUGUUAGUUUUUCUGGACCUGACCGUGCACAACGUUCAAUAGCAUUCCUAUCAUUUUGAACUUACUGACCAAUUGAAACAUCGCAUUAAUUUAUUCGGUCACAAUUUGUGAACAAAAUACAAAGGAUUGUGCACGGUCAGCAGGCGCGGAUCUAGAAUAAAUACUGAUUGAUUUCCAAAACGAGCGUCAAAGGUUCAAGCUUCUAGGAGGGUCUGCAGGUAUACCCCACCGGGAAAUUUUUGAAUUUUAACUCCCCAAAAGUCCUCUUUCCUUGAUUUCUGAGUCAUUCAUACGGGAUAUUGGCCAGUUCAUUAUCAUCGGAUGAAGCCUUGCAAAUCGGCGGAUUAUUUUAUCAAGGUUAAUUUCCAUGUUGUGAAGGAUAUGGAGCAAAAUUUCAGCUUGGAAAGUUUUAUAUUAUAAAAAAGAUAUUUGUUAUGAAAAAUCUGACCGAUUUCCGUAAAACCGUGGAAACCGGUGUGGAUCCGCGCCUGGUCAGGGAACUUCCAACAUAAACUGCAGCACUACUGCUUUCAACUUUGAUGUUUGCCGGCUUUCCUUACCAGUCUGACUCCUCUACUAACUAUUAAUAUAGAUAUAAAAACAUUGAAGAUACUAUACUCAAACCCAUCUCCUUGAUUUAAAUCCUCCCCAUAUAUUUGAUAUAUUAAGUUCACUGAAACGUUCAAACUUUGCCACUCAGUUGGUGACAUCUAUCUGCCACCAAAGUUCUAGUGUUUAACACGCGAACGAAGGUAAUAUUAAAUUUAGCGAGUAUUCACGACCUGCGAGAAAUUAAAACUACAACGCAGCACAACUGCAAAGUGUAUUUUUAAUAAUAUAAUUGUUUUUCAAUUUUUGUAGGUCAUUUGCACAUGUCUUACUUUUGUCGAUUAUAUUAUUUUUUUCGAAAGAGUAAGGCCUAAAGUCCACCAAAAAGAACGUUGGGUCUCACGUCCUUGUCGAUCCAACCCUAGAAAGAAGAUCGAGGGUUGUACAUUUUAAUGCAUCUGUCAAUUCCAGCUGCGCCCAGCGCCCCCCCGGGCAAACCCCCGGGCAUUAGCAUUUUUUUUUUUUGCCUUGAAUGGCAAAUUCCGGGGGUGGGGACUCUUGAGCUGUCAAAUCCCCCGGGGUGGGGACGAAAAAAGAGGGCAAAGGCCCCGUCCUCCGUAAACUCUGCAACAUUUUUCAUUGAUCGCAUAGUCGAAUAGUGCCGUUUUAAGCAUUUUAAUGUGUAAUUUUUUGUUUCAAUUAACGUCUUCGUUUGUAAUAGCGCUAUGAUUCUAAUUAGGACUUCACGCCGCAACGACAUGCACCAGUUUAUAAUUUUAGUAUUGAUGUAAAAUCGUUGAUAUUAAAAUAAUAGAGCGCUGUCAAGUUAUAUGUAAUGAAUAGUUUUAUAAAUAUGAAAGGAUGUUUUUCAAAUAAUCUCAACAGAAAUUUGAUUCAAUAACCAAAAAACGUUGAUUCACGUCGAUAGCUCACGAUUUCCCCAUGUAAUUCUGGCUCGAUAAGCAAUGAAGAAAUGCAUGCAUAAAAUCAAGAACAUGCCUUUACAAACCUCUUCAAUUUUUCCUGUCCUUGACAGAUGAGCCAAUCUGCUUUCUUUCCCAGGAAAAUCCUCUGUGUAGUUAUUUUCUGAUAGGAAACCGCGUGCGUGUCAAAAGCUCAGGAAUGGCCCCGGGGUUGGCAAAUGCCCGGCCCCCGGGCAGCACAAAAUUUGCAAAUGCCCCACCCCCGGGACUGACAAGGCGGACAAAUGCCCCGCAGUAGCCCGGAAGGGGGGGGGGGGUGCUGUGCGUAGCUGGAAUUGACUGAUGCAUUAUGACGGUGGAAUAAGUUCAGACUGCACUAAUCACUCAAUAUAUACAGUAUACAUCUAUUAAUUUCAUUAAGAUAAAUACUAACUGUAAUGCGUUAAUUGGAGUGAUUUUGAAGCCUUUAUUGGAUAAAUAAGCAGGGUUUACUGCAAUGAGUAUCCAAUGAGCCCGGGUAUGGAGCCUAAAGGGAAAUAGGAGGCACGUAGGCUAUGUACACUUUGUCUUUCUAUUGGUUAAAGAUUUCACUUUUUUUAAACAGAGUUCAAGCUAAGAAGAUCAUGCUUCCUGAAUGUAAGAGUGACGUGAUCUAUGUUCAACCACCUGGUAAAAGUAAUAAUCCUCAAAUAGAGUUCUUCAAACGAUCAGAAAAGGGGGAAAAAGAGAUCAUACGCAGGAUGUCUCUUCUGCCGGUAUGGUGA